CUCUGAACCCACUCUCCCAACCCUUCAAAUUCGAACCCCCCAAACCGCUCGCGAAAUCCCCAAAUCAACGCCUCCUCACGGCAAUCAAUCAAGCAAUCAUCCAUUCACGACGCGAGCGGGGAUCCUCCUCCACUCCGAUGGCGUCGGAGGCCAGGUCCGGGGGCGCGCGGCGGGUCCCGCUGCAGCCGCGGGACGGCAACGCGGCCGCCUCCCCGUCCUUGGGCGGCGGCGGUGCCGCCAAAUCGAAGGCGAAGGCGAAGGCGCGGGCGGCCGCCGCGUCGCCGCCGUCGGUGAGGUCGUAUGCGAGCCGGGACGAGGCCGAGCGGAGGGCGGCGGCGGCGGUGGUGAGGGAGAAGGAGGUGUCGCUGGCGGAGGAGCUGGAGAAGGCGCGGGAGCGGCGGGGCCGCCUGCGGGCCGCGCGGCAGGUCACGGAGAGGGCGCUGGCGGAGGCCGACGAGGCGCUGCGGCGGGAGAUGCGGGAGUGGGAGCGCCGCGCGGACGAGCAGCGCCGGGUCGUCGCGGAGCUGAUGCGCCUCAUCGGGAUGCCCGAGGUGUACGUUCCGGUGGAAUCGCUGAGAUCCAGGGAGGAGAGGAAGAGGAAACAGGGGACCGCGUCUUCAGAUCCUCCGGGUCCGGUCACAGUGGCUUCAACAUUACUAGAGGAAGAAUCUGGACCAUGCCUCUCCGAUCAGGAACUGCUGGCGACGCCGGCAAGGGAAACGACCGCCGCCGCAGCAGCGACGGAAAGCAGCAGCGCUUGAUCCCUUUCUUUGCCUGUUCCAAACUGUUUCUGCACAAGGCCUCCCAAUGAAAUCAAAUGGCUUGUUUGGUAGUGUCUGCUUGCGUGCGUCCAUACAUGAUAUGUGAUGCCUGAGAAUGUUCAGCAUAGACAACUUGGAUGAAUCACUGUCACUCGUC